AUGGACAACGAAGGGAGAUCUUGCGUUUAUGGACUAAGGCACCAAACAAGGUGCCUUACAGCAGUUAUUGCUGAAACAGAACAGAAUAAAUUUCUAGUUGGAUCUCAAACUCUUAAACGGGAUAAUGAGAUUCACCUAAUUAACUUUCACGAAGAUGAGUUCGAAAUAACCAGUACCAUUUAUCAGCAUUUGGAAGAAGUGUGGGAUAUUUCCGCAUGUCCUGCGAAAAGUGAUCUUUUUUUUACGUGUUAUAAAACAUUUGAUUCGAUGUCAUCCCAUACGAAGGCUAAAUUAUGGCGAAUGAACAAUUCAGAUGCGAUUUCAGAAGAUUAUGAAAACGGAUCUCGUCCUCCGAGAAGUGCAUCGCAUUUACCAUUGGAAAAUAUUUUUGAAAUUAAAGAGGAUGAUACUAUUAAAAAAGUCCUGUGGGAUCCCAAGAAAGAUCUGACGAAAUUUGUAUCUAUUCAUGAUUCCUCAUUACGUAUUUGGGCAUUUGACGAACAGAUGACGUCAGCAGAGAUCUCUCACACAGUUGAUUUUUCUUCAACGAACGAGCUUUUACCACCAUUAACAACUGGGAUAUGGAAUCCAAAUCAACCAGAAAUUGCUAUAGGAAAGGAAUGCUCUGUGCAAGGUUUGGACCUUCGAUCACAAAGUCAAACGUUUGACAUCAACGGAGCACACUCUAUACUUGUUCGUGCGUUAGAUUACAAUCCGAAUAAGCCAUACCAAAUUGCAUCAGCUGGUGACGAUUGUAAGAUCAGAUUCUGGGAUCUUAGAAAUACUACAAAUUGUCUUAAACAAAUUUCUGACCAUACGCAUUGGGUGUGGGCUAUAGCGUAUAAUCGGUUUCAUGAUCAGCUUUUUUUAAGUUCUAGCUCUGAUUGUCAAGUAAACCUUCACAGUAUUGUAUCCAUCUCUUCCGGCGCGUUUCAAUAUGAUGAACGCGAAAAUGAUGAUGAAUCAGAAUACGAAUAUCAUGAUCGAUUAGGAAAGCCAACUGAUGGAUUAGUAAGAGCUUACGAUCAACAUGAAGACGGUGUUUAUGCGGUUGCUUGGAGUGCUUGUGACCCAUGGUCACAAGAUAUCUCGUUUUAUUCAAGUUUAAUUAAUUUUGCAAACUUUUUCCGUUCUUAUUUUCGAACAGAUAAUUCCGCUAGUGCCCCGAACACAGGUCUAAAAACGGCCAUUAGUGCUGUUAUUCGAAAAAAACUUCAAGGAUAUGUAGGAUUUGCCAAUCUUCCAAACCAAGUUCAUAGAAAAUCCGUGAAAAAAGGAUUCCAUUUCACAGUGAUGAUAGUUGGCGAAUCCGGUCUAGGAAAAUCAACCCUUGUCAAUACUUUGUUCGGCACUACGCUCUACCCUAAUAAAGGUGAAGCGGAACCAUCAGAUGAAACACCAAAAACUGUAGAAAUCCAAUCUCUAAGUGCAGAUAUUGAAGAAAAUGGUGUCAAAUUAAGACUCACAGUCGUUGAUACUCCUGGAUUUGGUGAUUUUGUUAACAACGAAGAAAGUUGGAAACCAAUUCUUGAAAAUAUUGAGGCACGUUUUGAUGCAUACCUUGAACAAGAAAACCGUGUAAAUCGUCGUAAGAUGGUUGAUAAUCGCGUUCACGCUUGCAUUUACUUCAUUGCUCCUACCGGUCAUACGCUCAAACCUUUAGAUGUCGAGUUCAUGCGACGGCUACAUACCAAAGUCAAUCUUAUUCCAGUCAUUGCAAAGUCAGACACGUUGACUGAAGAUGAAAUUAAACAAUUUAAACAACGUAUUCUAGACGAUAUUGCCUAUCAUAAGAUUCAAAUUUAUCAAGCACCACAAUAUGAAUAUGAUGAUCAUGAAACCGUAGCCGAAAACCGUGAAAUAAUAAGCAAGAUUCCAUUUGCUAUUGUCGGUAGUGACAAAGAAGUCGAACUUUCCGAUGGCCGUCGCGUGCGUGGACAACUUAAAGAAUAUACUAAUGAUGUACUCUAUGAAAAUUAUCGAUCCGAAAAACUUGUUACUAUGGGUGUGCAACAAGAUCAAACCGUUUUCAAGGAAGUAAAUCCACUCGCCAAGAUGGAAGAAGAACGACAACUUCAUGAAGCCAAGCUACAGAAGAUGGAAGCAGAAAUGAAAAUGGUAUUCCAGCAGAAAGUCCAGGAGAAAGAGGCUAAAUUGAAACAAUCUGAAGAAGAACUAUAUGCCCGUCAUAAGGAGAUGAAGGAUGCUCUGGAGAAACAACGUCUAGAAUUAGAAGAAAAAAAGAGACGAUUGGAGUCGGGUAGACCAAUUACCCCCGAAAAGGCAAAGAAAAAAGGAUUUUCGUUUAAUAACAAAUAA